AUAAGAGAACUAAUUAGAUUAAAGAUGAGAAACAACUAUAGUCGCAGUUACAAGGACAUGAGAAAAUUCACGAGGAUGGUAGACAGAUUGGGGGAACGGCAACGUAAAAUUCAUGGGAAAAUUCAGAACCUUGAAAGCAUGUACGAUUGGGACGUGAAGAAGUUUCAAACAAAGUUUGGACCUCUGCGCGUGAAAACGUUUAAAAACCUUAGAAUAGGUGAGAAAAUGAUGUUUCAAGACCAGAGGUUGAAGACACGAUUCGCUAAACGGGUGUGUCACAUUGACCAUAAAAAUAUGACAGAAUGUACAAAAUACGUAGAUAAAUGGAUAAAGAUUAUGGAAAAACCUACUCUUAAGUGAUUAUGACAAAUACAAUGAUUAAAUGAAUAAGAGUACGAAUGGAGUUAAUUUAAGUAAGCGAAAAUUGCGUAGACGCUUGAUAAAAGAAAA